GAGAGCGAGGGAGCAAGGCCGCUGGAACUUAAGAUGGCGGCGCUUGUGAGAGUCGGGUGCUGAGCGACCCCCUUUUUGGCUGCUAGCGCUCCGCCGCGUCGGAUAUUACUGUCCUUUUGGCCCUUUCUGGAGGAGGAGCGGAGGCUCCCGAGUGUGAAGGAGUCCCCCUCCGCCGCCCGCUUUCUCCUCCUUCUCUUUGGGGAGGACGGGGAGAGACCCAGAGACAGACAUGACCUCCAUCCACUUCGUGGUGCAUCCGCUCCCGGGCACCGAGGACCAGCUCAAUGACCGGUUAAGAGAAGUUUCAGAGAAGCUCAACAAAUACAAUUUAAAUAGCCAUCCUCCUUUGAAUGUAUUGGAACAGGCUACUAUUAAACAGUGUGUGGUGGGACCAAAUCAUGCUGCAUUUCUUCUUGAGGAUGGUAGAAUCUGCAGAAUUGGCUUUUUAGUUCAGCCAGACAGACUGGAAUUGGGUAAACCUGAUAAUAAUGAUGGUUCAAAGUUGAGCAGUGGCUCAGGGGCAGGAAGGACAUCCAGGCCAGGCAGGACUAGUGAUUCCCCAUGGUUUCUGUCUGGUUCUGAAACUCUGGGCAGACUGGCAGGCAACACCCUUGGAAGUCGAUGGAGCUCAGGUGUUGGAGGAAGUGGUGGUGGAUCCUCGGGUAGAUCAUCAGCUGGUGCUAGAGAUUCUCGGAGGCAAACAAGAGUUAUUAGAACAGGGCGUGAUAGAGGAUCUGGACUCUUGGGUAGUCAGCCUCAGCCAGUGAUUCCAGCAUCAGUUAUUCCAGAAGAAUUAAUUUCACAGGCACAAGUGGUUUUACAAGGAAAAUCUAGAAGUGUAAUUAUAAGAGAGCUCCAGCGAACAAAUCUUGAUGUAAAUCUUGCAGUGAACAACUUGCUGAGCCGUGAUGAUGAAGAUGGAGAUGAUGGCGAUGACACAGCCAGUGAAUCCUAUCUUCCUGGAGAGGAUCUUAUGUCUCUUCUGGAUGCUGACAUACAUUCUGCUCACCCAAGUGUCAUUAUUGAUGCUGAUGCUAUGUUUUCAGAAGAUAUUAGUUACUUUGGUUAUCCAUCCUUUCGGCGCUCAUCACUUUCCAGGCUAAGCUCGUCCCGAGAGAGAGACUCUGAGCUGUUGCGUGAACGUGAGUCCGUUUUACGUUUGCGUGAACGAAGGUGGCUUGAUGGGGCCUCAUUUGAUAAUGAAAGAGGCUCUACAAGCAAAGAAGGGGAGCCAAAUCUUGACAAGAAGAAUACACCUGUUCAAAGCCCAGUCUCUUUAGGAGAAGACUUGCAGUGGUGGCCAGAAAAGGAUGGAAUGAAAUUUAUUUCUAUUGGUGCUCUGUAUUCUGAACUUGUAGCAGUGAGCACUAAAGGUGAACUCUAUCAGUGGAAGUGGAGUGAAUCUGAACCAUACAGGAAUGCACAGAAUCCUUCAAUCCAUCAUCCACGAGCAGGGUCUUUGGGAUUAACUAAUGAGAAGAUAGUCCUCCUUUCUGCUAAUAGCAUCAGAGCAACAGUUGCUACGGAAAACAAUAAGGUAGCUACUUGGGUAGAUGAAACUUUGAGUUCUGUAGCUUCUAAACUAGAACAUACAGCACAGACCUAUUCUGAACUUCAAGGAGAGCGUAUAGUUUCACUGCAUUGUUGUGCCCUUUAUACCUGUGCUCAGUUGGAGAAUAACUUGUACUGGUGGGGUGUAGUUCCUUUCAGCCAACGGAAGAAGAUGCUUGAAAAGGCCAGAGCCAAAAACAAGAAGCCUAAGUCUAGUGCUGGUAUCUCCUCAAUGCCAAAUAUCACUGUAGGCACUCAGGUGUGUUUGAGGAAUAAUCCUCUCUAUCAUGCUGGAGCAGUUGCUUUUUCAAUUAGUGCUGGAAUUCCUAAAGUUGGUGUUUUAAUGGAAUCAGUUUGGAAUAUGAAUGACAGCUGUAGGUUUCAACUCCGGUCACCAGAAAGCUUAAAGAAUAUGGAGAAAGCUAAUAAAACAACAGAGGCAAAGCCUGAAAGCAAACAGGAACCAGUGAAAACUGAAAUGGGUCCACCACCAUCUCCAGCUUCUACCUGUAGUGAUGCCUCUUCAAUAGCAAGUAGUGCCUCAAUGCCAUAUAAACGGCGGCGAUCUACACCAGCUCCAAAAGAAGAAGAGAAAGUAAACGAAGAACAGUGGUCUCUUAGAGAAGUUGUGUUUGUAGAAGAUGUUAAAAAUGUUCCUGUUGGCAAGGUACUGAAAGUGGAUGGGGCUUAUGUUGCAGUAAAAUUUCCAGGGACAUCCACUAAUGCAAAUUGUACAAGCAGCUCUGGUUUAGAUCCUGAUCCAUCUUCUCUUCUUCAGGAUUGUCGAUUGCUCAGAAUAGAUGAACUUCAGGUGGUAAAAACUGGUGGGACACCAAAAGUUCCAGACUGUUUUCAGCGGACUCCUAAAAAGCUAUGCAUUCCUGAAAAAACAGAAAUCCUAGCAGUAAAUGUAGAUUCAAAAGGAGUACAUGCUGUCCUAAAAACUGGAAAUUGGGUUAGAUAUUGCAUCUUUGAUCUUGCAACAGGAAAAGCAGAACAGGAAAAUAAUUUUCCCACUAGCAGUAUUGCUUUUCUUGGGCAGAAUGAGAGAAGUGUUGCCAUUUUCACUGCUGGACAGGAAUCACCAAUUAUUCUUAGAGAUGGGAAUGGAACUAUAUAUCCAAUGGCAAAAGAUUGUAUGGGUGGAAUAAGGGAUCCUGACUGGCUAGAUCUUCCUCCUAUUAGCAGCCUGGGAAUGGGUGUUCAUUCCUUAACAAAUCUUCCUGCUAAUUCAACCAUCAAAAAGAAAGCUGCUGUCAUCAUAAUGGCUGUUGAGAAGCAAACUUUAAUGCAGCAUAUUCUCCGAUGUGACUAUGAGGCAUGCAGACAGUAUCUGAUGAACCUUGAGCAAGCAGUUGUAUUGGAUCAGAAUCCGCAAGUUCUGCAAACAUUUCUCAGCCACAGAUGUGAUGGAAACCGCAAUAUUCUGCAUGCUUGCGUUUCUGUGUGCUUUCCAACCAGUAAUAAAGAAACUAAAGAAGAAGAGGAAGCAGAGCGCUCAGAAAGAAAUACAUUUGCUGAAAGGCUGUCUGCAGUUGAGGCUAUUGCAAACGCUAUUUCAGUAGUAUCAAGUAAUGGUCCUGGAAAUCGUGCAGGCUCCUCAAGCAGCAGAAGUUUGCGACUAAGAGAAAUGAUGAGAAGAUCUUUGAGAGCAGCAGGUUUGGGUAGACAUGAAGCUGGGGCUUCAUCCAGUGAUCAUCAGGAUCCAGUUUCUCCUCCAAUAGCUCCCCCAAGCUGGGUUCCUGAUCCUCCUGCCAUGGACCCUGAUGGUGACAUUGAUUUUAUCCUGGCCCCUGCUGUGGGAUCUCUUACCACAGCAACGACUGGCACUGGUCAAGGACCCAGCACGUCCACCAUCCCAGGUCCUUCUACAGAGCCCUCUGUGUUGGAAUCAAAGGACAGGAAAGCAAAUGCUCACUUCAUACUGAAACUGUUAUGUGACAGUGUUGUUUUACAGCCAUAUCUUCGGGAAUUGCUGUCAGCCAAGGAUGCAAGAGGCAUGACACCGUUUAUGUCUGCUGUUAGUGGUAGAGCAUAUCCUGCUGCAAUAACCAUUUUAGAAACUGCACAAAAAGUUGCCAAAGCAGAGGCAACAUCUAGUGAAAAAGAAGAAGAUGUGUUUAUGGGAAUGGUUUGUCCAGCUGGUACAAAUCCAGAUGAUUCUCCUUUAUAUGUUCUGUGUUGCAAUGAUACUUGCAGCUUUACAUGGACAGGUGCAGAGCAUAUAAAUCAGGAUAUCUUUGAAUGCCGAACAUGUGGUUUGUUGGAAUCCCUAUGCUGUUGUACAGAGUGUGCAAGAGUGUGCCAUAAAGGUCACGAUUGCAAGCUUAAACGCACAUCUCCUACAGCAUACUGCGACUGCUGGGAAAAAUGCAAAUGCAAAACAUUAAUUGCAGGACAAAAAUCAGCUCGCCUUGAUCUUCUUUUCCGACUGCUUACCACCACAAAUCUUGUCACCAUGCCAAAUAGCAGGGGAGAGCAUCUUCUGUUGUUCUUAGUACAGACAGUUGCACGACAAACAGUAGAACAUUGCCAGUAUAGGCCGCCACGCAUUAGGGAAGAUCGUAAUCGCAAAACUGCAAACCCUGAAGAUUCAGAUAUGCCUGAUCAUGAUUUAGAACCUCCACGUUUUGCCCAGCUUGCCUUGGAACGUGUAUUACAAGAUUGGAAUGCACUGAAAUCUAUGAUCAUGUUUGGUUCACAGGAGAACAAAGACCCUCUUAGUGCAAGCAGUAGGAUUGGUCAUCUUUUGCCAGAAGAACAAGUAUAUCUUAAUCAGCAGAGUGGUACAAUUCGGCUGGACUGUUUUACACACUGUCUGAUUGUGAAGUGUACAGCAGAUAUUUUGCUCUUAGAUACUUUGCUGGGGACUCUUGUUAAAGAAUUGCAAAACAAAUACACACCAGGUCGCAGGGAAGAAGCAAUUUCUGUCACAAUGAGGUUUCUGCGUUCCGUGGCAAGAGUUUUUGUCAUCCUUAGUGUGGAAAUGGCUUCUUCAAAAAAAAAAAAUAACUUUAUUCCACAACCAAUUGGAAAAUGUAAACGGGUAUUCCAAGCUUUGCUACCCUAUGCUGUGGAAGAAUUGUGCAAUGUAGCAGAAUCCCUUAUUAUCCCAGUCAGAAUGGGCAUUGCACGACCUACGGCACCCUUUACAUUGGCAAGCACUAGCAUAGAUGCCAUGCAAGGCAGUGAAGAACUGUUCUCAGUUGAACCACUGCCUCCACGACCAUCGUCUGAUCAGUCCAGCAGUUCCAGCCAGUCUCAGUCUUCCUAUAUCAUUAGGAAUCCACAGCAAAGGCGGAUCAGUCAGUCUCAGCCUGUUCGUGGUAGAGAUGAGGAACAAGAUGACAUUGUGUCAGCAGAUGUGGAAGAGGUUGAAGUAGUUGAGGGAGUAGCUGGAGAGGAGGACCAUCAUGAUGAACAAGAAGAACAUGGCGAGGAAAAUGCUGAGGCAGAAGGACAGCAUGAUGAGCACGAUGAAGAUGGAAGUGAUAUGGAGUUGGAUUUACUAGCAGCAGCAGAAACUGAGAGUGACAGUGAGAGUAACCAUAGCAACCAGGACAAUGCUAGUGGGCGCAGAAGUGUUGUUACAGCAGCUACAGCAGGAUCAGAAGCAGGUGCUAGCAGUGUCCCUGCAUUUUUUUCUGAGGACGACUCUCAGUCAAAUGACACCAGUGAUUCUGAUAGCAGUAGCAGCCAGAGUGAUGAUAUUGAGCAAGAGACAUUUAUGCUAGAUGAACCUCUGGAGCGAACAACAAGCAGCUCACAUGCCAAUGGUGCUGCCCAGGCCCCUCGCUCGAUGCAGUGGGCUGUGCGUAAUACCCAGAAUCAGAGGACAACUAGCACUGCACCAUCCAGUACCUCUGCUCCAGCAGCGAGUUCAGCGGGUUUAAUUUACAUUGAUCCCUCAAACCUACGUCGGAGUGGUACCAUCAGUACAAGUGCAGCAGCUGCAGCUGCAGCUCUUGAGGCUAGCAAUGCUAGCAGCUAUUUAACAUCAGCAAGCAGUUUGGCAAGGGCGUACAGCAUUGUGAUCCGACAGAUAUCUGAUCUAAUGGGCUUGAUCCCCAAGUAUAACCACUUGGUGUAUUCUCAGAUCCCAGCUGCAGUGAAACUGACAUACCAAGAUGCAGUAAAUCUUCAGAACUAUGUUGAGGAAAAACUUAUUCCUACUUGGAAUUGGAUGGUGAGCAUUAUGGACUCCACCGAAGCUCAACUCCGUUACGGUUCUGCACUUGCAUCUGCUGGAGAUCCAGGGCACCCAAACCAUCCUCUGCAUGCAUCACAGAACUCAACCAGGAGAGAGAGGAUGACAGCACGUGAGGAAGCUAGCCUAAGAACUUUGGAGGGUAGGAGGCGUGCUACUUUGCUCAGUGCUCGACAGGGCAUGAUGUCUGCAAGGGGGGACUUCUUAAAUUAUGCCCUCUCCUUGAUGCGUUCACACAAUGAUGAACAUUCUGAUGUUCUACCAGUUCUGGAUGUCUGCUCUUUGAAACAUGUAGCGUACGUUUUUCAAGCUCUCAUCUAUUGGAUUAAAGCGAUGAACCAACAGACAACAUUGGAUACACCUCAAUUAGAACGGAAAAGGUAUGGAAGCCAGUUGUGUAAUGGAAAUAUGUAUAGCUGUCCAUCUGGGAGGGUGAUGAUGUUUCUCCCUUCACCAAUACAAUUUAAAACAAGCAUUUUGGAGUAUAUUGCGAGGAAAAACAGAGAGACCAGAUUGAAGGCGGCCAUCUAUUCUAAGGUCUUCGCCGCGGGUGCCAUGUCCUCCCUGGGGGCCCCCUCCUCGACCGGGUCGGCUCCCUUACCAUCGCUUCCCGAGGCCCCAAAUCAGCUUAUGGCCGAGCCUCCACCUCGCCCUGAAGUGGCUCUCCGCGAGGGACCGGACGCCGAUGCUCCGUUGGGUGCCGUCCCUCGACCUUCAAAGAAGGAUAAAAAGAGCUCUAAGGAGAGCCGCGCCUCUGGAAAGGACUCUAGCGCCCAGAAGGGUUCAGCCUCGAGAUCCUCGGGCCUGAAGGCCUCGACCUCAGCGAGCUCAAGGAAGGGCUCGGGAUCCACACCCUCGGCCCCGAAGCCUUCAGCUUCAGCGGACUCGGGUUUGAGGUCUUUAACUACCAAAGCGACGACCCCGGCUCCUGCUACCGUCUCACCUUCGACCCCCAAGAGGCACCACUCGCCUUCUCUGGGGGUCCAUCAUACAUCGGCGAAGCGGCACCGCUCUGACAGGAGAGACUCGGACGGUUCCCGACACAGGGAUGCUUCUCGGGACCGGACAGCUUCCGACCACAGACCCAGGGAAUCUUGCCCCGCCGACAAGGCCGCUAGAGUUGUGAGCUCCAGGCCUACGGAGACGUCCUCCACGCGCUCGGGUCGUCCCUUCAGCUCUCCCGCCAAGGCUGCAGCCCUGCCUAGCUUCCGUCAUAUGCUGGAUGACACCAUCGACGUCAUCCCUGAACCUGCGUCGCCAGCGAGCUCCACACAUAGUUGGCGCUCUGUCACUCCGAUGCCCAGAUCGGUUGUCCACACUGCCAUGGUCCACCGGGCCGCUUCCCCUUCUCCACCGAGAGAACCGAGGAAGCCUGACUACCUCUAUGACAGUGAGACAGACACCUAUUACAUGGCGGUCCCCCGUGACUCUGUUCCAUCUCGCUUUGGGACCCUGUCUCGAAGGUCCAGAUCGGAACAACCCGCCAAGCCCAAUCGUGACACCACAGCCCCAGAUCUCCAGAUAGUGGAUCUGGACCCUGAUGAAGAGGCCCUUUCUCACGCUCGGUACCGGCCCCAGAGCGAUUUGGGCGCCUCGGAUGUCGAGGAUUACCAGCCCUCCGUCCAGGAGUUUGCCCAACCGGGCGCCGUGUCACCCACGGAUGAUGUCCGUACGUUUGCCAAACACCAGGCUUUCAUAUGUAUACUUUAUUUGCAGGUGAACUGGCACGAUUUUGCUUUUUUUGAUCCAGUGAUGUAUGAGAGUUUGCGGCAACUUAUCCUCGCUUCCCAAAGUACAGAUGCUGAUGCUGUUUUUGCAGCAAUGGACUUAGCAUUUGCAAUAGACCUAUGCAAAGAGGAAGGUGGAGGACAGGUUGAACUUAUUUCCAAUGGUGUAAAUAUACCAGUCACUCCUCAAAACGUUUAUGAAUACGUCCGAAAAUAUGCAGAACACAGAAUGUUGGUAGUUGCGGAACAGCCUCUACAUGCAAUGAGGAAAGGUCUGCUGGAUGUUCUUCCUAAGAAUUCAUUAGAAGACUUGACAGCAGAAGAUUUUAGGCUUCUAGUAAAUGGCUGUGGUGAAGUAAAUGUGCAAAUGCUAAUCAGCUUUACUUCUUUCAAUGAUGAAUCAGGAGAAAAUGCUGAGAAGCUUUUACAGUUCAAACGCUGGUUUUGGUCCAUAGUUGAGAAGAUGAGUAUGACCGAAAGGCAAGAUCUAGUUUACUUCUGGACAUCAAGCCCAUCCUUGCCUGCUAGUGAAGAAGGUUUUCAGCCAAUGCCAUCAAUCACAAUAAGGCCGCCAGAUGACCAGCACCUUCCCACAGCGAACACAUGUAUUUCUCGCCUUUAUGUUCCACUUUAUUCUUCUAAGCAGAUUCUCAAACAGAAGUUGCUACUCGCCAUUAAGACCAAAAAUUUUGGUUUUGUGUAGAGUAUAAUAUGUGCAUUGCUGUGUAAUUAUUAGUCGCUAGUUUUUUGUAGAUUUUCCAUUGUCUAUAAAAGUUUAUGAAAGUUAAUGCUGUCAUACUCCCCCUGCUGGUAUUGCAAUGACUAAAUGCAACAUUCCUGUAUUAAGUUUGCAACUCAAGAGGCAAAGAAGAACUAGCAGUGUCAGACUGUAACGAUUUGCUAGUUGUUAACUUCUUGGCCAAACUCCAGCCAAAGAUGACAGCAGAACAAAAUACACUGUGAUUUAGCUUUUUGUGGAGGGGGGAAACAUGUAAAAUGCUCUAAAAAUUUCACAGCUGCCUUUGUGGAAAGCAUUUCAGCAAAGGUUCUUGUUACAGAGGGAAUAGGGAAUUUCAAAAUAAAAAAUGAAGUAUGUUCUGUGUUUUAUUUUAAAUUUUUUUUUAAAAAAAGAAGAAAUGGUGUUUAAUUUUGUGGUUGGCUGCAGUUGUGCAUCAUGUAUAUUGAACUUGCCAGUUAGAGCUAAGAGUUGAAAUCAUUCACAUUUGCUUAUAAAAACCACUGCCGUUGCAAAUUUUUGUCUGUUUGCAUUGGACUCUGGCACACUAAUUACCACCACUAAUGUUUUGCAUGUAAUCUGUAUAACUUAGUGAGGAUUUUUUUGUACAUAAGAAAAAAGCCAAUGCACAGUAUUUAAUCGUUCACAAUCAACAUUUUUGUAUCCCUGUUGAGCAGUCAGUCAGGAAUUGUUCCAUCUCCAAAUCAAACCUGGACACUUUCUACUGUGUCCAAAGCUGUUUUCAGCCUAGGCACUAGCUGGUAACUGUAAAAUGUUUAUAAGAUCAUGAUUAUUUGAAGGUACAUUUUGAAAAAAAUUUAAUGUUCGUGAGCAGCUUAACUACUUUUGUAUCUAGUCUUUUUUAAGUAUCUUGUUACAGUUUUUAAUAAAUUACAGACAAAGUACAAAGUCAUACUGAAGAAACAUUAGUUUUUAUUUAUGUAGCUUGUACAUUUUUUAGUUAUCACCAUGCACCACAGUUGUACACAGAUCACUCUAAAUUUCAUAGGUGAAUAAAACCCUCCUCUUCAUUCAAAACAAACAGUUCAGUCCACAUUUUACAGUUAGCAGAGAACCCUCAAUUGCCUGGGCCCAACAAACUCACUUGUUUUCAACAGACUGUGGAUGGAGGGCAAUGUACUUUGUUCAGUCAGCACAAAAACAAACAAACAAAAAAGCCAAACGUAUUAUGUUUCAUUUACAGAGUGCUUGCUUGUUUGGGGAAAACAGGGGUUUGGUUCUUUUCUAAGAGUGUGUCCUAAUUUCAGUAUGUUAGGAUCCCAUUUUGUUGAACAGUGUAUGAAAUGGGAAUGCUUUUUGUGUUCUCUGUUGACCAUCGCAUAGUAGACAUUAGUCAACAAUUCUUCAGUGAUGUCUACUUACUCUAUAUCUUCCUCAUGUCCUUGGGGUUUUUGGCAUGGGGAAAAUUGCACAUGACUGAGAACUUGCCUGGAUUUCUGCCAAAAUGGACCAUUUCUUCCCUGCCCCCUUGCCAACACCUUUCAAGCCUCUUUCUGCCUUAGCUUAAAAAUAGAGUGGCUUGCUUCUGUAGAACUUCCUAGAUCUCUGGCACUUGUUGAAGACCUCUCGGGAGUGCAACUCAGAAUUCAAUGUAGUAAAGACUCUAAAAACCUUUCUCUUUAAGUUGACUGUGCCAGUCUUGUACAGUUUAAAAAAUGCAGGUGCUUUUUAAAACUAGAUAUUUUUCUGCAUGUUUUGGUAAAAUACCUCCCACCCCUGACAGCCCUUCUAGGGAUAAGGAUGACGUUUCUCAUGAUGUAUUCAAUGGAUGUUGAAUUUUUGAUUCUUUUCCCAAAUUUGCUACUGGAUUAUGGCAAGUUUCUUGAUGUCUCUGAGCCUCUUACUCACAUUCUGUAAAAUAAUGAUCACUACCUACCUCACAGAGGUGUUGAGGCUAAAUAAUGUUAAUCUUUGCCAGAUCCCUCUUAUGAAAGGCUAUGUAUAUUGUAAAGUUUUGUUUUAUAUAUAUAACCUGUGUAUAUAUAGCAUAUCCAUAUGUUAUAUGUAUAAUUCUGUAUAUAUCAUAGCUGUUUUACAACAAUCAGCAGGAUAAAUGACACAGUUAAUAAACCCAACAUAGCAGCUGAAUAAUAUAUGCACCCAUUUAUAUAUAUACAUACACACAGAUAUAUGUAGACACUUUGCUGAUACUCUAAUUGAAGGGAAAGUUAGAAUGAUUUAUGCUGUCAUUGACUCAAGAUGUAUAUGUAGCUAUAUAAAUAGCUUUUUCUCUGUAUAUUUGAACACUUAUCAAGCUUUUAAUAAGAAAUGUUUAUUAAAAUUGUACACCGCA